AUGCUCAUCUACUCCGGAAAAUUCAGCUACUCCCCCUACGCCACCAACGAACUGUUCUCGGUCGUCUUCCGCGACAAUGUCCAGACCGGGGACCGCGGGCAAGUGAAGUCCAGUUCGAACCACCACGGCACGGUCAGCAAGGUGUCUACCAAUGGUUCCGGGGAGAAGGAGAUCGAGAUUUCCCAGAACGAGAAGGACAGCACCUACUAUUGGUGGGGAUUCCUGUGCAUCAAACCCCGGAUCAUUGCUGAUGAGUUAUUGAUUCCACUUCAGGUAUAA